AGCCAAUUUGCAGACUCGCAAAAUUUCUUCCGGUUCAGAAGUGUCCAGAUCUGGCUCGCCUGGCCACGCCUUGCAACGCUCCUUACGCCUUCCCCGCGCUAAACGUGCAACUCGCGAAACAGCUGACCGCCUCGGGCGAUUUCCUGCCGCCUCGCUCCGACGCGCUCGCCGACGCGCGAGAAGGCAUGCCUUUAAAAACACUGAUGUUUUCUGCAUUUGACUCAUUGGCUUUUCGUCUACCCUUUGUGGAGCAGAUGUGAUUUUAUAUGGUUUUGGCACAAAGGGAAAUUAUGGCACUGAGGAAGAAAUUGUGUGAGAGUUCCAGUUUCAAUGGCAAAAUUAUGUACACCUUUUCAAGGUAUUUUAGCUCAAACAAGAUGGACUUAAGGAAGCUAAAGCCUAUGAUUCAGAAGAGAAUCCAAGAACGGGCUAAAGAUUAUCCAGUACCGGGCAUGAUUCCAGUGGCCCAGGAGGUCCUUAAUUCCCGGAGGCUCCUUAUGCAAGGUGUCUCUACCCUCCUCAAAGUGUUACCAGUUAUGGCCUGCAAGUUCUGUCCAGAAGUAUAUAUAGGCGAGAAAGGCCACGUAAUUCAGACUUGUUGUGGUUUCAAACAUCGUAGCAAGAAUCGGGUUCACGAAUGGAUAACUGGUGGUUUAAAUGAUGUGCUUGCUCCAGUAGAGGCAUUUCACCUGAAGCACAUGUUCCAGGAUGUUAUUAAGCACCAUCAGAGGUUUGACUUUGAACGUGUUCCUGCAGUUGUUGAGCUAUGCUGGCAAGCAGGGGCAAAUGAUGGAAAUCAGUAUUCAAAUUGGAGCCCGGAAAGUGAUUGUUGCCGUGUUGAUGGAGCUGAGUCUUUGUCACCCGAUGAACUGGUUAUGAUUGCCAGUGGAACUUUGAAGGCAUGGGAAGUUCUCAGAAAUGGCGUGGAGAAGUUGUUGAUGGUUUAUCCAGCAAAAGUGUGUAAACAUUGUUCAGAAGUUCAUGUAGGGCCAUCUGGGCAUAAGGCUAGGCUUUGUGGCAUUUUUAAGUAUGAGAGUUGGCAGGGAACGCACUUUUGGAGAAAGGCAAUUGUAGAUGAUCUUGUGCCUCCAAAGAUUGUAUGGCGGCGCCGGCCUCAGGAUCCUCAAGUGCUUUUGAACGAAGGGAAGGGCUUUUAUGGGCGUGCUCCAGCAGUAGUAGAACUAUGCACACAGGCAGGUGUCAUUGCACCCUCAAAGUAUCACUGUUUGAUGAAACUGCAGGGUGUGGCUACACUUUGAAAUCAAAGUUUGUGACAUCCGAAAGAUCUAAUGUAAAUGCAGUUGAUUCCAAGGUGGGAAAUUGAAGCCCAGCAGAAGCUCCCUAGGAUCACAGAUGUGUGUAGAAUUGUUUAACUAUGACGUUUGAUGAUAUGAAGCGGGAAAUUGAAGCCCCACAGAAGCUCCCUUGUCAUCUGAUCUUAACCAUCAGAUGAAUGAUGACGGAGUCCAAGAUGGAAUGAAAUGGCGUGUAUUGCCCCCUUGACAUGGAUCAUGAAGGAGCCGAGGAAA